AUGACGUCGCCGUGGUUGCGGUGCUUGGUUGGUGUUGGUAGCGACGACGGAGUAAUUCCAAGCGAUUCGGCUUCUCUUUCUUUCGAUAUUCCUUUGUUGUGGAUGGUUGGAUUUGGUGAUGGCGACGGUGCCGAAGUGGUUUUGUUAGAUCUAGUGGUGGCGAUGGUGGUUAUUUCCGUUGGUGGCUGUAGUGGUGCUACUGCUGCAGCCACUAUACUAUGCCACAGCUGCCACGUCACACGAGUUGUUGAGAUUUGUCGUGUGCCAUCGUCAGGACCUGCAACUCCGAGAUCUGAUGUAGAUUUUCGGAUGUGUUUUCAGCUGGUGGAUGGGGGCAAUGGUGGUGGUGGUGUUUGGGGUGACGGUGACUUUGUUGGAUUCAACGGUGGCGAAGCCCAUUUGCACGAAGUGAAUUUAAGCAAUUUAUGGCUACUCGAUGCCAUUAUAUGCAUUGAUUCUCACAGAAUGCUGAAUUUCGGCCUAGGUAAAUCAUACGAGACAAAACAGUAUAAAAAGGGGUUGAAAGCUGCUGAUACUAUACUGAAGAAGUUUCCUGAUCAUGGAGAAACUCUAUCGAUGAAGGGAUUAACCUUGAACUGCAUGGACAGGAAGUCAGAAGCAUAUGAACUUGUCAGGCUGGGUUUGAAGAAUGAUCUUAAGAGCCAUGUUUGCUGGCAUGUCUAUGGUCUUCUGUAUCGAUCUGAUAGAGAAUAUAGGGAAGCAAUUAAGUGCUAUCGGAAUGCACUUAGAAUUGAUCCUGACAACAUUGAAAUACUGCGUGAUCUGUCUCUUUUACAGGCACAGAUGCGUGACUUGGCAGGUUUUGUUGAGACAAGACAACAAUUGCUCACGCUUAAACCAAAUCAUCGCAUGAAUUGGAUUGGUUUUGCUGUUUCUCAUCACUUGAACUCCAAUGGAAUGAAGGCUAUAGAUAUCCUUGAAGCUUAUGAAGGGACUUUGGAGGAUGACUACCCUCCUUUCAAUGAACGUUGCGAGCAUGGAGAAAUGCUCUUGUACAAGAUUGCUUUGCUAGAAGAAUGUGGCUUUCUUGAUCGGGCUCUUGAGGAGUUGCACAAGAGGGAAUCCAAAAUUAUUGAUAUAUUAUCAUACAAGGAACAAGAGGUUUCUCUUCUUGUUAAGCUGGGCCAUGCUGAAGAAGGUGAAAAAUUAUACAAAGUGCUACUUUCCAUGAAUCCUGACAACUACAGGUACUAUGAAGGCCUACAAAGAUGUAUGGGACUUCAUUCUGAAAAUCAUCAGUAUUCCUCUGAUCAAAUUGAUCAAUUAGAGGCCUUGUAUGAAUCGCUUAGCAAGCAAUAUAAUAGGUCAUCUGCUGUCAAGAGAAUUCCACUUGAUUUUUUAAGCGGUGAAAAGUUCCAGGCUGCAGCAGAGAACUACAUACGACCUCUUCUUACGAAAGGCAUUCCUUCUCUGUUUUCUGAUCUUUCUCCUCUCUAUGAUCAUCCUGGGAAGGCAGACAUAUUGGGGAAGUUAAUUCUUGAGCUAGAGAACUCCAUUAAGAAAACGGGUGGAUAUCCUGGGAGGGUGGACAAGGAGCCCCCUUCAACACUUAUGUGGAUUUUGUUUUAUUUGGCACAGCAUUAUGACAGGCGUGGCCAGUAUGACAUUGCUCUCGCAAAAAUCGAUGAGGCCAUAGAACAUACUCCAACAGUCAUUGAUUUGUACUCUGUCAAGAGCCGGAUAUUAAAGCAUGCUGGUGACUUGUCAGCUGCUGCUGCUUUGGCUGAUGAAGCAAGGUGCAUGGAUCUUGCAGACCGCUACAUCAAUAGUGAUUGCGUUAAGCGUAUGCUGCAAGCUGACCAGGUUACAUUGGCAGAAAAGACGGCUGUUUUAUUCACGAAAGAUGGAGAGCAACAUAAUAACCUUCAUGAUAUGCAGUGCAUGUGGUAUGAACUAGCAUCAGGAGAAAGUUAUUUCCGCCAAGGGGAACUUGGACGGGCUUUGAAGAAAUUCUUAGCUGUGGAAAAGCAUUAUGCUGACAUUACCGAGGACCAAUUCGACUUCCAUUCCUAUUGCUUAAGGAAAAUGACUCUCCGCACAUAUGUAGAAAUGCUGAAAUUUCAGGAUCGUCUACAUUCAUAUUCUUAUUUCCAGAAAGCAGCUACUGGAGCAAUCAAAUGCUAUUUAAAGCUGUAUGACUCUCCUUCAAAGUCGAAUGCAGAAGAAGAUGAUGAAAUGUCGAAGUUGCCUCCUUCUCAAAAGAAGAAACUUAGGCAAAAACAGAGGAAAGCGGAGGCCCGAGCCAAGAAAGAGGCUGAAGUGAAAGAAGAAACAAAUGUUACUGCAGUAUCAAAAUCUGGAAAACGUCCUGUGAAACCAGUAGAUCCAGACCCUCACGGAGAAAAGUUAUUAAUGGUUGAAGAUCCUUUGAUGGAAGCUACGAAGUAUUUGAAGCUGCUUCAAAAACAUUCAUCUGAGUCCAUUGAGACACAUGUACUUUCUUUUGAAGUAAAUAUGAGAAAGCAGAAAACUUUACUUGCUUUGCAGGCUGUAAAGCAUCUGCUGCGGUUGGAUGCUGAACACCCAGAUUCGCAUCGUUGUUUGAUAAAGUUCUUCUCUAAAGUGGGAUCCAUGCCUGCUCCAGUGACUGAUGCUGAGAAGCUCAUAUGGGGUGUCUUAGAAGCAGAACGACCUACAAUUAGUCAGUUGCAUGGUAAAUCUCUCAUUGAAGCAAACACCGUUUUCCUUGAGAAGCACAGAGAUUCAUUGAUGCACAGAGCAGCUGUAGCAGAAAUGUUAUAUGUUCUGGAACCAAAUAAGAAGGGUGAGGCAAUCAACUUGAUUGAAGGAUCAACCAACGAUCUGGUUUCAAUAAAUGGAGCUCUGGAGGCAGUCAGAAAGUGGAGGCUCAAAGACUGUGUUGCAGUCCACAGGCUAUUAGAGACAAUUAUCAAUGACCACAAUGCUGCAUCAAGAUGGAAGGUGCAGUGCGCUGAGUACUUCCCAUAUUCAACAUACUUUGAGGGCAGUCGCUGCUCUGCCGUCACAAACUCAACUUCCCACGAAAUUCCAAAAUUACCUGAAAAUGGUGGGGGAUCAGACAGCUCCAUCGCUGAUCAUAAUUCUUCAUCUCUUUCAUCAAAUGGAAAAGUUGAGAAACUUGAGGCAUUCAAGGAUAUUUUUAUCCAAUAA